UAAAGCUCAACCAAGGAGCUGUGUAGAAUGGUUGAGGAGUGAAGCGAGGAGCACGGGGUGUCCUCUGGCCUGGAAAAGUUGUGACAGAGCUCACACCGUCGCCUCUGAACAGACACCUGGUCCUUUCAGAGCCUAAGGGAGACAAGGAGAAAAUGUGCUGACUGCAUGGCUGGUGGACAGAACUAGCUGGCUGAAGAUGGAGAACGGCACGGGCAAUGACCAGAACCAAACAGGAUUUCUGCCAAGCCGGGAGGCAGUCACCAUUGAAUACCAAGUGGUCACCAUCUUUUUGGUCCUCCUCAUCUGCGGAUUAGGCAUUGUAGGCAACAUCAUGGUGGUGCUGGUGGUGCUCAGAACGAAACACAUGAGGACCCCCACAAAUUGUUAUCUGGUGAGCUUGGCGGUAGCAGACCUCAUGGUGCUUGUGGCUGCAGGACUCCCAAACAUCACAGAGAGCAUAUACGGAUCUUGGGUCUAUGGGUAUAUUGGAUGUCUCUGCAUCACGUACCUCCAGUACCUUGGCAUCAAUGCUUCUUCUUGCUCCAUCACCGCCUUCACUGUUGAGAGGUACAUAGCUAUUUGUCACCCAAUCAAAGCCCAGUUUUUAUGUACUUUCUCUAGGGCCAAAAAGAUCAUUGCUUUUGUCUGGGCGUUCACCUCCAUUUACUGCCUGCUCUGGUUUUUCUUGCUAGAUCUCAACACAGUAGCCUACAAAGAUGCCACGGUGGUGUCCUGCGGGUAUAGGGUUCCUCGGAGCUACUAUUCUCCAAUUUAUAUGAUGGACUUUGGAAUAUUUUAUGUGAUGCCAAUGAUACUAGCUACCGUCCUAUAUGGGCUGAUUGCCAGGAUCUUGUUCCUGAAUCCUAUUCCUUCAGACCCCAAAGAAAACUCAAAGAAGAAUGAUUUGGGUCCCCCAAACAAGACCAAAGGAAUGAACAAGGGUAUCAAUAGUGCAGUGGCUUCUAGAAGGCAGGUCACCAAGAUGCUGGCCGUGGUUGUGAUUUUGUUUGCAUUACUGUGGAUGCCCUACCGGACCCUGGUGGUCAUCAACUCUUUCCUGUCCAGCCCUUUCCAAGAAAAUUGGUUCCUGCUCUUCUGCCGAAUCUGCAUCUACCUAAACAGCGCCAUCAACCCCGUGAUUUACAACCUCAUGUCCCAGAAGUUCCGAGCAGCCUUCCGGAAACUCUGCAAGUGUCAACAGAAACAGUCGGAAAAGCCCACCAACUACAGCGUGGCCCUCAACUAUAGCGUCAUCAAGGAGUCCGAUCACUUCAACACUGAACUGGACGAUAUCACUUUCACGGAUGCUUACCUGUCGUGCUCGAAAGUGUCUUUUGAUGAUACCUGUAUGUCUUCAGAGAUGAUGUAAAGCUGGAGAACCGUUGUGCGUCCUACAGCAGGGCAGCUUUUACUUUAUUUGAGAUCACAGAAUCAUCCAGUUUUGAACCAUUUUGUUUGUUUUUUUAAUGUGAUCAAGAUUCCAAAGAUUGAAUCUUCUCACACCGUCUGUCAGUGGACAGUGCCUGCCUUACCAAGCUAAGAAGUUGAAGAAUGUGCGCUGUUACUCCUGUGACAUUUUGAGCAUACAUUUCUAAAUCAUCUACUGUGUAUAGGGCUGCCCAACUGAAUCCUGUCAGAUGACUUCAGACUGUGGCUUUAGGGUUGCAGCCUAGAUUUUAUGAUUCACUUCAAUGGACUUAGAAAGAAAUGACUUGGCUUAGGAUGGUGCUGUACGUGUUACAUUUUCAGAGCUGCAUUACCCAUCAUGAGAAGUAGAGACCAGUUGAUAUGUAACUUGGGUGCACUCUUUUUUUGUGCUUCCAGUAGCUUAUAUAUCUCCCCUAUAGCAAGAUUUAGGCCCUAUUUGUCACCUAUAAUGC